AAGUUUUAUUAAUAAUUAAUAUAAAGUAAUAAUAGCGCAGUUUUUGUGUUCAGACAGACGGGAUAUGCCAGAUAUAACCUGAACUAAACUGGCAACACUGCUUUAUCCACAAAUUUACAUAAUCAUGUCCAGCGGAUUCGUGCGCAGCAGCUACAAAUUAUUCGUCGGCAACCUCCCGUGGACAAUUAGCAGCAAGGAGCUGCGGACGUACUUCUCUCGCUACGGGCACGUCGCCAACGCGGAGGUAGUCUUUGACCGGCAACUGGGCCUGUCAAAGCACUAUGGCUUCGUAGUUUUCAGCCAGCGAGACGCCUUCAACAGCGCCAGCAACCAAAACACGCACUUCCUGGAGGGUCGCGUCCUCACCGUCCAGAGGGCUAAUGAAACUGCCUAGGAUACGUGAACUAGAUUUAUUUUAAGUCCAGGUUGGAAACUGCUAAGUAGUACACAAAACGUAAAGAAUGAAAACAUCGCUUUGAAUUUGGGGCUACGCACA